AUGGCUCAUUGGUUAAAGACAUUGAGCUUGUUAGCCAGAGAGCUGACAGGCCGGGUUCAAGACCCAAGCUCCAUGCAAUAUGAGACUAAUCAUCUCACAGCCUUAUAUAAGAAAGAGGAGACCAUCCACGUUUGGGAAAAUGGCUACAUCCAGAGCCCUCGUUUCCCACACAAUUAUCCCAGGAAUCUCUUGCUGACAUGGAAGCUACGUUCACCAGGAAAUGCUAGAAUACAGCUGGUCUUUGAUCAUCAGUUUGGACUGGAGGAACCAGAAAAUGACAUCUGCAGAUAUGAUUUUGUGGAAGUGGAGGAUAUUUCCGAAAUUAGCACUCUCAUCCGAGGACGGUGGUGUGGAUAUAAAGAAGUUCCUCCCAAAAUUACAUCAAAGACAAACCAGCUGAAGAUCACCUUCAAAUCAGAUGACUUCUUUGUGGCUAAACCAGGAUUCAAGAUUUACUAUUCCCUGGUGGAUGAUCUUCAGCCUGUUGCAUCUGAAACCAACUGGGAAUCAGUCACAAGCCCUGUGUUGGGCAUUUCCUAUCGCUCUCCAUCAGUGACUGACCCCACUCUUACUGUGGAAGCCCUAGAUCAAACCAUUGCUGGGUUUGAUACUGUGGAGGAAUUGCUCAAGCACUUUAAUCCAGAAACGUGGCAAGAAGAUCUUGAUCACCUGUACACAGAGAGCGCUCCACCUCGAGGCAGAAGUUUCUAUGAGAGGAAGUCGAAAGUUGAUUUAGACAGGCUCAACGAUGAGGCAAAGCGUUAUAGUUGCACUCCAAGGAAUUACUCUGUCAACGUGAGGGAGGAGCUGAAGCAAACCAGUGCCGUUUUUUUCCCUCGCUGCCUCCUUGUCCAGCGCUGUGGAGGAAACUGUGGUUGUGGAACUACACAUGGGAAAUGCGCUUGUACGGCAGGAAAACUGGUGAAGAAGUAUCAUGAGGUGCUGAGAUUUAUCCCUGAAGCAGGUCAUCUCAGGAGGAGGGGCAAAACUAAGCACAAUAUGGCACUGAUUGAUAUUCAACUGGAGCACCAUGAACGUUGCGACUGUGUCUGCAGUGCACGGCCACCGCGAUAAAAGCAGAGCGCCUGGUUUUAUGUGCAACUUAAAGGACCUCUUUCUCUUGAAGAAGGAGCUGUCCAUGCUGAUUUGCCCAGUGAUCACCGAACUAUGCUAAAAGCCUGCAUCCAUAGCCUUUUGAUUUAAAGUGCUAAAUGCCACGACAGCUUACCAUUAA